AUAUAUAUACAUAAAGUGAAUAAUUGAAAAACCACAUUUCCCAUGAACACCGGAAAGGAAACGUACUGCCAUAAAGCAUGCUGGGUAAAAUCUCUCUCUCUUUCCGGCUGGUACGCCAUCAAGUAAGUCAACAUGGGAGCCUAUAGGUAUAUGCAGGAGUUGUGGCGCAAGAAGCAGUCUGAUGUGAUGCGCUUCCUGCUCCGUGUUCGCUGCUGGCAGUACCGUCAGCUGUCCAACCUCCAUCGGGCCCCCAGACCCACCAGGCCUGACAAGGCUCGCAGGCUGGGCUAUAAAGCCAAGCAGGGCUACGUCAUUUACCGCGUCAGAGUGCGCCGUGGUGGCCGCAAACGCCCCGUCCCUAAGGGAGCGACCUACGGCAAGCCGGUGCAUCAUGGUGUGAACCAGCUCAAAUUCGCCCGCAGUUUGCAGUCCACUGCUGAGGAGCGCGCUGGUCGUCACUGUGGAGCGCUGCGAGUUCUCAACUCCUACUGGGUGGGCGAGGACUCCACCUACAAGUUCUUCGAGGUGAUUCUGAUCGACCCCUUCCACAAGGCCGUCAGACGCAACCCAGACACCCAGUGGAUCACAAAGGCCGUGCACAAGCACAGGGAGAUGCGCGGCCUGACCUCUGCAGGAAAGAAGAGCCGCGGCCUGGGCAAGGGCCACAAGUUCCAUCUGACCAUCGGAGGCUCCCGCCGUGCCGCCUGGAAGAGGCGCAACACCCUGCAGCUGCACCGCUACCGCUAGGCCAUGUCACACACGUCUGUACAUUAACCCGAAUAAAAACUGUCCUUUUUAUGGUCA